AUGGAGGGCGCGAUGGCAGUGAGGGUGACGGCCGCGCAUACGGCAGAAGCCCGGGCCGAAGCCGGGCAGGAAGCGGGCGAGGGCGGGGUCGCGGCGGCGGCGGCGGCAGCCUUGGCCCCCGGUGGCUUCCUCGGCCUCCCGGCGCCCUUUAGUGAGGAAGAUGAGGAUGACGUGCACAGAUGUGGCCGCUGCCAGGCAGAGUUCACCGCCUUGGAGGACUUUGUUCAGCACAAGCUCCAGAAAGUCUGCCAGCGGGUACCCCAGGAGGCCCUGCCUGCCACCCCUGCUGCUGCGCUGCUUGGUCAGGAGGUGGAGCCAGUGGCAGCAGGCUCAGAGGAGCCCAUCACCGUGGCCCACAUCGUGGUGGAGGCUGCUGCUCUCACCGCAGACAUCAGCCACACGCCUGACAUUGUCGGCGGCGGACACAUCAAAGAGGUCAUUGUGGCCUCUGAGGCAGAGCCGGGGGACGGCGAGAUGGCAGAGGCCCCAGGCAGCCCCAGCCGUCAGGGGCCCGGGCUCGCUGGGGAGGGCGAGCAGGCCCAGGUCAAGCUGCUGGUGAACAAGGAUGGCCGCUACGUGUGCAUGCUGUGCCACAAGACCUUCAAGACGGGCAGCAUCCUCAAGGCCCACAUGGUCACGCACAGCAGCCGCAAGGACCAUGAGUGCAAACUGUGUGGGGCCUCCUUCCGGACCAAGGGCUCACUCAUCCGGCACCACCGGCGGCACACAGAUGAACGGCCCUAUAAGUGUACCAAGUGUGGGAAGAGCUUCCGGGAGUCGGGUGCGCUGACCCGGCACCUCAAGUCUCUCACCCCAUGCACGGAAAAAAUCCGCUUCAGCAUGAGCAAAGACGUGGUUGUCGGCAAAGAGGACACUCCCUCAGGGCCUGGCACCUCCACCGUGGGGACUGUUACAUCAUCGUCAAUGACAGGCGAGCCCAUGGAGACAUCGCCCGUGAUUCACCUGGUGACAGAUGCCAAGGGCACUGUCAUCCACGAAGUCCAUGUCCAGAUGCAAGAGCUUCCCGUGGGCAUGAAAGCCCUCACCCCAGAGCCCCCCAGCCCAGAGGAGCUUCCCUGUUCCAGCGAGGGCAGCCGUGAGAACCUGCUGCACCAGGCCAUGCAGAACUCCGGCAUUGUCCUUGAGCGGGUCCCUGGGGAGGAGGGAGCCCUGGAGCCAGCCCCUCCUACUGCGUCCAGUCCCCAGCCUCUGGGAGACGGUCCCCCAGAACUGCCGCUGCUGGAAGUGGAGCAGGUGGAGACACAGGUGGCCAGCGAGGCCUCAGCUGUACCCAGGACCCACCCGUGCCCUCAGUGCAGUGAGACCUUUCCAACAGCGGCCACCCUGGAGGCCCACAAAAGAGGCCAUGCAGGGCCGAGGCCAUUCACGUGCCCGCAGUGUGGCAAGGCCUUCCCCAAGGCCUACCUGCUCAAGAAGCACCAGGAGGUGCAUGUGCACGAGCGCCGUUUCCGCUGCGGGGACUGUGGGAAGCUCUACAAGACCAUUGCCCACGUCCGUGGCCAUCGGCGCGUCCACUCGGAUGAGAGGCCCUACCCCUGUCCUGAGUGUGGCAAGCGCUACAAGACCAAGAAUGCGCAGCAGGUGCACUUCCGGACACAUCUGGAGGAGAAGCCGCACGUGUGCCCGUUCUGCAGCCGAGGCUUCCGGGAGAAGGGCUCGCUGGUGCGGCACGUGCGGCACCACACGGGUGAGAAGCCCUUCAAGUGCUACAAGUGUGGCCGCGGCUUUGCCGAGCAUGGCACGCUCAACCGGCACCUGCGCACCAAAGGGGGCUGCCUGCUGGAGGUGGAGGAGUUGCUGGUGUCCGAGGAGAGCCCGGCAGCGGCCGCCGCCGUCCUCGCUGAGGACCCGCACACCGUGUUGGUCGAGUUCUCGUCCGUGGUAGCCGACACCCAGGAGUAUAUCAUCGAGGCCACCGCGGAUGAUGCGGAGACCAGCGAAGCCACAGAGAUCAUCGAGGGCACCCAGACGGAGGUGGACAGUCACAUCAUGAAGGUGGUGCAGCAGAUCGUGCACCAGGCCAGCGCUGGGCACCAGAUCAUCGUGCAGAAUGUGACCAUGGACCAGGAGGCGGGGCUGGGCCCUGAGGCAGCCGCUGCUGACACCAUCACCAUUGCCACCCCUGAGAGUCUGACGGAGCAGGUGGCCAUGACGCUGGCCUCAGCCAUCAGCGAGGGCACUGUGCUUACGGCCCGCUCGGGCACACAUGGCACCGAGCAGGCCACUGUGACCAUGGUUUCAUCAGAGGACAUUGAGAUCCUGGAGCAUGCGGGUGAGCUGGUCAUCGCUUCACCGGAGGGCCAGCUCGAGGUGCAGACAGUCAUUGUCUAG